AUGCCUCGUCGGUCGUCUCCGCCCGUACAGUCGCGGCCAGUAGCGCCUGCGGCGUCUAAACGGCGCGCUUCUGCCAGGUUGUCCGCGUCGCACACAGUCAAGCGAGCCAAGUCCGACGCCGACCUGGCAGGCGGCACGCACGUGAAAUCCACGGCCCGGAAGAGCAAGUACUUCGAGGGGGACAGUUCUGACGAGUCGGAAGGCGAAGAAGAGUCGGAAGGGUCGGUGUAUGAGGAGGAGCCUCUAGACGACCAGGAGGAAUCCGACCCUGAACCAGAGCUGGAGCCGGAGGUCAGUGACAGCGAGAAGGAGAACGAGUCCAAGAAGACGCCCCGCUCGAAGAAUAAGAAGGAUGACCACGACCGUGAUGCCUUAAAGGGUAAAGAGCUGUGGCGCGAAGGCGUCACCACGGGGCUGGGCCCGGGCAAGGAGGUCUUCAUCGCGAAACCCAAGGCGCGAGACGCCGGGGGCGUGCCAUAUCGCGACGAGACCCUGCAUCCCAACACGCGGUUGUUCCUGCUCGACCUGGCGGCGAACAACGAGCGGCCAUGGCUAAAAGCGCAUGACGCGGAUUUCCGCGCAGCAAAAAAGGAUUGGGAGACGUUCGUCGAGUCCCUGACCCCGAAGAUCAGCGAGAAGGAUGCUACGAUCCCCGAACUGCCUGUCAAGGACUUGGUCUUCCGCAUAUACAGAGAUAUUCGAUUCAGUAAGAACCCUCUUCCGUACAAGAGCAGGUCUCGGACGGGCAAGAAGGGUCCUUAUGCUGCGUACUAUGUCCAUUUCCAGCCCGGGUCAUGCUUUGUCGGCGGCGGCCUCUGGCACCCGGAGGCAGACUCGCUGGCAGCGCUGCGCGAGGAUAUCGACGAGAACGCAGAUCGUUGGAAAGAAUUGCUCCGGGCGCCGGGGAUGCGCCGCGAGUUUCUCAACGGGGUCGCGGAUGAUGACGACGCGGUCGUGAAGGCCUUUGCAUAUCAUAACAGGGAUUCUGCGCUCAAAACCAAGCCAAAGGGUUACGAGGCCGACAACAAGAACAUCCAAUUACUCCGACUUCGCAGCUUCACGCUCGGCCGGCCCGUCACGGAUGCAGUGCUGACGAGCGCGGAUGAUGCACAGGAGCGCAUCGCGGAUCUGGUGGGCAUCAUGGAGCCCUGGGUGACCUAUCUCAACAGCGUGGUCCGGCCGGACCAUUGA